AUGAAUCACCUCUUUGCCUUCCUGGCCGGGCACGCGCUCCAUCUGCUCGUCUUCCGCCGCGGCGAGUGGGACAGCGCCGCGCGCGACAUUAUGGUCAGCGCCGCGCUGCUCUACGUGGGCGCCGCUGUCGCCCUGCACGCCGCGUCCGGGCCGGCCGGCGGCAGCUGGUGGGCGUCCUUGCACGCUGCCACGACGCUCGAACUGGCGGGCAUGGCGGGUGUGUUUGCCAGCAUGCUCGCGUACCGCGUCUGGUUCCACGCCCUGUGCCGGUAUCCCGGACCCUGGGCUGCGCGGCUGUCGAGCCUGCACCUGACGUACCUGUCGAGGCGGUUCCGGCUGUUUGAGGAGCUGCGGUUGCUGCAUGAGCAGUACGGCGACAUUGUGCGGAUCGUGUCAAUCUGCAAACCGGAAGCUGUGGAGGCUGUUCACGGGCCCAAGUCGAAAUGUUCCAAGGGUCCGUGGUAUGAACAGGCCAAGCCGCUGACGUCGUUGCACACAAAUAGAGACCCGGUGAGCUAUGCCCGGCAGCGAAGGUCUUGGGAGCAAGGGCUUAAUUCAGCAGGUAAGCUUUUGCUCUUCAUCGCCCUUUCCCUAGAAGAAUUGGGGUUGUUCAAGUUGACCAACGGAAACCAAACAGCACUUCGAGGGUACACUCCAAUCCUUGCCAAGACGACACAGCAACUCCUAGACAGGAUCGAAGCCAGCCGGGGCCAGACCUUCGAUGCCAGCAAGUGGUUCCACUACUUUAGCUUCGAGGUCAUGGGCUGGAUGGCCUUUGACAAGUCCUUUGACGCGCUCGCCACCGGGACACCGACCUACUGCAUGAACCUCAUCACCAAGAGCCUGAACCUCAUUGGCCUCCUUGCCCACAUACCGUGGUUCUUUGUCUGGAUGAAGCAUCUGCCUGUCAUGGGCGCCACGUUUCAAGUCUUUCGAAAGUGGCUACGUGCGCAAAUGGCAGCGCAGAUGGAAAAACCGCCCGGAUCGUCGCGGAGUCUCUUUGCGGCCAUACUCAAGGACUACCCACCCGCGGAGGAGCAGACGGAGAAGCAGCGCAUGGUGCUCGAAGGUGACAUGUUUUUGAUUCUCGUCGCUGGGAGUGACACGGUGGCCGUGACCUUACAAGCGCUCUUUUACGAAAUGGCCGUGAACCAGGAGGCGCAGAAGAAGCUGCAGCAAGAGAUUGACGCGCAUGUAGCCGAGUACGGCGACGGUGGCGGCAACGGGCUCGACCCCGCGCUGCUCGCCAAGCUGGACCACCUCCAGGCGUGCAUCAACGAAACCCUGCGGCUCUGGCCGCCCGUCAUAUCAGGCGUGCAGAGGGAGACGCCGCCAGAAGGGCUGCAGGUGGGUGAUGUACGACUUCCGGGUAACAUCCUCGUGCAGGUGCCUACCCAUCUCAUACACCGCAACGAGGAAGCAUUUCCCAGACCCAAGGAGUUCAUCCCUGAACGAUGGACAACGAAGCCGGAGCUUGUCGUUGACCGAUCUGCCUUUUAUCCAUUCUCUAUCGGAAGACACUCGUGCCCCGGAAAGCAGUUUGCGCUGGCGGAGCUGCGUCAGGCGACUGUCGACAUUCUGCGACGUUACUCGGUCGAGCUGGCGCCGGGGUUCACGAGCGAGGACUUUGAGGGUGGUCUCAGAGACCACUUUACGCUGGAAGCAUCGAGGCUGGAGCUUGCCUUUACAGCGAGAUGA